UUGGGAAAAUGACACAGGAAGUAGUUUCGGCAUCUUGACCCUUUUGCACGCUGGAAAAUGGAAAUCUUGUGAAAACGUGGAUACCAAAAGAAUAAACAGUUACAUGUGAAUCUAUCGACAGUCAGAUAAUCUUUUGUUUGAACUUUUGUCCGUCUGGACUCAGUGUGGCGUCAAGAUGGGGAAGGCACUAAAAAGGAAGAACCUUGCUGACAAGGUCCGUAAAACCAAAGCAGCCACUGAGAUCAAAAACAACCCUUUUGAGGUGAAAAUUAAUCGAAAGAAGUUUGAUGUUCUGGGGAGGAAAACCAAACAUGAUGUGGGCCUGCCGGGAGUAUCCCGCUCCAAAGCCAUCAAUAAGAGAAAAGAGACGCUCUUGAAGGAAUACAAACAGAAAAACAAGUCUAAUAAAUUCAUCGACCGACGUCUUGGAGAAUAUGAUGCCAAGAUGGCUCCAGAAGACAAAAUCCUGCAGAGGUUCGCCAUUGAAAGACAGCGAGUCCAUGAAAAGAGAGACGUUUACAACCUGAAUGAGGAAGAAGAGCUGACUCAUUACGGCCAGUCACUGGCCGAAAUGGAGAAAUUUAAUGACACCGUUGGUAGCGACGAUGAAUCAGAGGAGAAAGGGCUUUUAUCAGCUGAGCUGACUGCGUCCCAUUUCGGAGGCGGAGGGGGUCUCCUGAGGAAGAAAACAUCUGGGGAGGACCAACAUGAUGAGCAGGACAGUCAGAAGACCAAAUCCAGACAGGAGCUGAUUGAAGAGCUCAUCCAGAAAUCCAAGCAGGAGAAGAGGGAACGUCAGGUGCAGAAAGAGGAGGCGCAGGAGCUGACUGAAAAGCUGGAUCAGGAAUGGAAAAGCGUUCAGUCUCUGAUGGUGAAAAAAACACCCAAAGCUGAAGUUGCCGACAAACCGGAGGACAAACCAAAGCCGGAGGAGUACGACAUGAUAGUUCGAGAGCUCGGCUUUGAGAUGAAGGCUCAGCCCUCAGAGAAGAUGAAGACCCCAGAGGAGCUGGCCAGGGAGGAGAAGGAGAAACUGCAGAAACUGGAGGCUGACCGGCUGAGGAGGAUGAUGGGAGAUGAAGGCGGGGACAAUGUGCAGAGUCAAGUCCACAUGUCAGCUGACGACCUGAAUGAUGGUUUUGUCUUGGAUAAUCACGACAAAAAGACUCUCUCCUAUCAGGAUGGUAAGUGGAACAUUGCUGAGGAGACCGAAGAUGACAAAGAAGAGCAGGAAGAGAGUGGAGAGGAAGAGGGUUCGGAGGCAGAUGAAGAGGAGGAUGAGGAGGAGGAAGAAGAAGAAGAAGAAGAUCAAGAGGAAGGUAGUAGUGAAGAUGAGGAGGGCCACUCAGACUUGGAAUCUGAGCAGGAAAGUGAGAAUGAGGACAAACAUGAAGACGAAGCGAGCAGCUCCAAUCAGCAGAAGAGUCUGAGCAGAGAAGAGCUGAAGGCCCAGCAGGAGGCAGCCAAAGCAGAGCUACCAUACACAUUCACUGCACCUGAGAGCUACAAAGACCUGAAAGAUUUGCUUAAUGGUCACACCUCUGACAACCAGCGCCUCAUUGUUGCCAGGACCCAGAAAUGCAACCAUCCUAGUUUAGCUGCAGGCAAUAAGCUCAAGCUGCAGAAACUUGUGGACUUUCUGAUCCAGUACGUGGGUGAGUUGGCUGCCAGGAGCCCACCUGAGCUCAGCACCAUAGACAAGCUCAUUCCGGAGCUAUACUCUUUGUGCCAAAUGUUUCCUGAAGCAGCCUGCCAGUCGAUGCAGAGCAUCCUUGGAGAUGCUGCUCACAGCAUGGAUGAGGUGAUUGAGGUCAAAGGCCAUGCUGCUUUCCCCACGUUAGACAUGCUUGUUUACCUAAAAGUGGCAGCGCUGCUGUUUCCAACCUCAGACUUCAGGCAUCCUGUCACAACUCCUGCGCUGCUUUACAUUAGCCAGACUCUCACUAAGUGUCCUGUGAGAUCAUUACAAGACUUAACCUCAGGUUUAGUGCUGUGCUGUCUGGCUGUAGAGUACGUCUCGUUUUCUAAGCGCUUCCUCCCGGAGCUCAUCAACUUUCUGAGUGGAACGCUGCAGCUAGCUGUGCAGGACAAGGCCUCCACAGGGUUCAUGGUGGUGCCCCCCUUCAAGCCAUCAGGGAAGCACAGUGAUCUGCUUGUGCUAUCUAACUCACAGUCCUGCAGGAGCUGGAGCAAGAAAAACCUCCCGCUGUCUGCUACCCAGCAGCUUGAACUCAAACGUGAUCUGGACAGAGAUCACUACAGGUUGAAUUGUUUGUCUACUUGCCUCGACUUAUUGAAGAGAUGUUGCCUGCUCUACCAAGACCUCAUCUCCUUCACGGACAUCUUCCAGCCAAUCAGAACGCUCCUUUCCAAGCAUCUUUCCACACGAACAUUACCCAGUCCUUUACAGGAGCUUCACAGUCAGAUCUUGGAAGCUAUCAGCAGACCUCCUGUGACUCGCACUCGGCUAGUUUUCGAGAAGAAGAAGCCGAUUCCCCUGAAAUUGCUCACACCGAAAAUUGUGGAAGUCUUAGACUAUGGAAAGAAGCGCGGCAGCACCAGAGAGGAGAGAGAGAAGGAGCGAUUGAAGCACAAGUACAAAAAGGAGUUCAAGGGAGCUCUGAGGGAGAUCAGGAAGGACACUCGCUUCCUGGCCAGAGAAAAGCUCAACGAGGUCAUGAACAGGGAUGCAGAGAGAAAGAGGAAGGUGAAAGAGCUCCUUGGCAGCUUAGCCACUCAGGAGGGAGAAUGGAAAGCUCUGAAAAGGAAGAAGAGGAAAUGAAAUCCAGAAUGAUAGUCUUAAUCUUGUGCUUUUCAUAUGGACUCCUUCGGCUGAGCUGUUAGUUAGAUGCAAGCAGAAAUUCAUGGAAUAAACAGUUUGUCACUUUUU